AUGGUUUCUUUUUUGGCGGCUUUUGACAACAUGAUUGUAGCAAGCAAUACACCAUUGGCCUUUCUUUUGACCGCCUCCACAUCCCAACCGCUUUACGGAAAAUGGGUCGAUAUGUUUGGUCGACGGACUUGCUUUUUAUUCGCCACAUGCUGUUAUCUCGUUGGCGCUAUCUUGUGUGGAGCGGCGCAAGCCAUGGUCAUGCUGAUCGUCGCGCGAGCACUCUGUGGCCUUGGCAUCGGCGCUUUCGAUACCCUGAUGAAAAUCAUCGUAGCAGAUUAUAUCCCUGUACGUUAUAUCGGAUUAUAUCAGGCCUUGUUGGGCAUUUCUUGGGGAUUGGGUUAUGUGGCGGGUGCUCUCCUGGGUAAGUCAUGGCGGUGGCUGAUUGGUUUUUGGUUCAGUUGCGUUGUUGCUUUAGUCUUGGUUUUUAUCUCGAUUGAACGACCCACCACGUCCACGCACUGGCGUCAGCAUGUAGCAAGGAUUGAUUUUGUCGGUAUUGUCCUGUGGUCCGUUGGCGUUGUAUGCAUGGUAUUGGGUCUUAGUUGGGGUGGAACUACGUAUGCGUGGGAUUCCCCGAUCAUUUUAUGUUUGAUUUGUAUCUCCGUGGUGAUUAUGGUUCUGUUUGGUGUUUGGGAAUACGCUUGGGCAUCCGAUCCACUGGUUCCUCGUGGCGUAUUUUCAAAUCGCAGCAGUAUUCUGAUCCUUUUGGCCGCUUUCCUUUACGGAGGCUGUUUCCAAUCGCUCAUGACUUAUACGCCGCUGUAUUUAUCCGUCAUUCGCAAAGAAGACAGCAUGACCACCAAUCUCUUAUUGCUGUGUCUCGUGUUGUUUGCUUGUAUUUGUAACGUCCUCACAGGAUUUGUGAUUGUCAAAACUGGACGUUACACGUGGGCCACUCGAUUUUCUCUCGUUGUUUUGACGCUCGCCUGCGGGUUAUUGAAUCUCUUGCGCACCGAUUCCACGACUGGACUUAUUGUCGGUCUCAUGAUCGUUACAGGCAUCGGUAGUGGUGCCAUGAUCAACAGCAGCAUUAUUACAGCUCAAGCUUCGGUUUCUAUCGAACACGUUCCAUCUAUGGUAGCUUUCAUGACCUUUUGCGAUCAAGUGGGCGGUAUCACCGGCAUUACGAUGACGGGCAGUAUUCUUUCCAACACAUUGAAGCAGAAUGUAGACAAACUAGCGUUACCAGGCGUAUCGGCAGACAUGGUGCGUCAGAGUUCAGCUUAUCUGUGGCAACUGCCUCUACCCAUCCGAUCGCUCAUCCUCAACGCUUACAUGGAUUCUGUCCGUAUGUCGUUUUGGGGAUCCACGGCGCUUGCGGCCACAGGUUUGCUCGUAUGCAUAGGCCUCAAGUCGUAUGUCAUGCGUACACGCAGAACAGAGGGAGAAAAAAUAGAGUGUGUGCAAAGAGAGAUCACCGUUAACGAUAAGCAUGGGACGCCGCACACAUUGGAGUUAGAUAAUUCCCACUUGAAAUCAACUUGUUCGCAUGGAAAUUUAUCGACUGUCUAUGAUAUCCGAUACAUCUAUGGCAUAUCUACGAAUUCAGAUUCACCUCAACAUCAUAGAGAUACUUUGCUUGGUGUCCCUUCCUCUUCGGCGAUACAGUGGGAGCAGGUCACACUGACUUUCUUUCUAUCGAAUGACCAACAAAGUUCUGAAGCCCUAGUCAAGUUUGCUCAGCAGCUCAGACAACGCAGCAUGCCAAAGGGGGAAUCGUUGGCCGUGACCCGCGUGUAUGUGUUUCUCAAUCCGGUCUCGGGAUCGCGAAAGGGACCUCAGGUAUGGAAUGACCUGGUACGUCCUAUGCUGGUCGCGGCUGGGUUCCAGGAAUCCCGUUUCCAGGUGGUGCCAACCUCCGGAAACAACCGGACCCGAUCCUUGGCCGAAAAGGUGGGAGCCCAAAUUCUUGCGCAAGACCAUCAAGAGGUGCCUCACAUGGUUAUCUGUAUAGGAGGUGAUGGCACCGUUCACGACGUCGUCAAUGGCUUGUCGGAUGCAUUUGAUAAACGAACCUUGCCUGUCUCUUCCUUCCGUCUGGGCGUUGUUCCCGCCGGUUCCGGAAACGCUUUUGCCCUUGGCUUGGGUAUCUCCGCGGCCGAACAAGCAACUCUUCACAUCAUUCAUCAGCGAACGUCGCCGUUCCGAUUAAUGGACGUUUCAUUCGGGUCUGUUUCCCCAGCAUCUGAACAAGACCCAUGGUAUCAGCAUGUUGCCUACGAUACGCAACGUACACCGAUUCGCAUUCUCGUAGUGAUGAGCUGGGGAUUUCAUGCCGAAAUCGUAUCCAAGGCGCGGUAUCUUCAGAGGUGGAUGGGCAAUCGAAGAUUUUCCCUGGUCGCCUUGUAUUUGGCCCUGUUUUUGAAGCAUUACCCGGGAGAAUUGGUGCUGAUCGAUGCUCAGCGUCGGCACAACGGCGCAUUCCAACCACCUUGCACGGUCCAACUGAGCGACAAACCUUUUACAUACUUUUUGGCUUCCAAACAACCUUCGCUGGAACCUGGAUUCAAAAUCACGCCUUUUGCCUCCCAUGCAAGCGAUGAUAUGGACGUGAUUAUGAUGCGUCAAAUCUCGGCAGCUCGACUGAAAGAGAUAUCCAUUAAAGUUUUCCAAGGAGGUCGUCACGUCGACGAAGAAGCCGAAGUCGAGUAUUACAAAGCAACCGAAAUGGUGCUACGUGUAAAAGAUGGCGCCGAUUUGUGUUUGGACGGAGAGAUCUAUCCGAUCAAGGCCAACCAUGUUGUACGCAUCAAAACGAUUGGACCGUCGCAAGGACAACCUAAUUUUGAGACAUUUGUAGCCUAA